AUGAGCUCUGCAGGAACACUCAAGAACUUUGUGGUCUUGCAUACCAAAACUGCCAAGAUCCACUUUACAAAGAACUUUCAAGGAGAUGCACUAGAUCAGAGUUUGCUCGUCGCAUUCUCAUCAACAAUUUCAACAUUAUGCAACUCGCUACUGGGAGAAGGAAUACGAGAAAUUGUUUCCGUUAAUGGACGUCUAGUCUAUCGUGAAUUUGGAUCUUUUGUGUUUAUUGCUCAUUGUGAUUUGCAGACGAGUAGUGCUGUUGCUCAAGCUGUGCUGAGAGACAUUGGUGGCAUUUGUGAGCUACUGUUUGGAAGUUGCGAAUUUUGGGAAGAGGAUUACUUUGAUCUUAAUGGUGCUCAGGACGUUGUGGGCAUGUUUUUCAAAAGGACAUCUCCAGAUCCAGCCUCUAUAGUAGGAGGAACGGAGCAGGUGUUUCUUGAACCCGAAGUUUGCGAGAGACUAGACAAGCUGUUGGCAUAUCUAGAAUCACAGAACGGAGUCUGUGGAAGUGGAACAAUGCUAAUAUUGGGCGACUCAGUGUUGUACUCACGCUUUGGAUUACAGGAGACGCGAAUGAUUCUCAAGUAUCACAAGGCUCGACCAUUGGGCACAACUUCAGUCCGUUUCACGCCAGUCUUUUGUUACAACUCGUGGAGGAAUUUGUAUACCGUCCGAAUUGGAAACUAUGUCUUGGUGGUUUUGACUUAUAUCGACAAGGCAUUUGCACCACUGGAACGUAAAAUCGCACAGUUUCGUAUUGCCUUUACCCAAUCACGUUUAGAGAUUCCGAUAGAGGAACCACCGAUUCUGUUAAGAAUGUAUGCCAAACGAGAGACACUGGCUAUGCUGUAUCAUAACAUCAAGACGGGAACAUCCAUCUUUCCCCAGUUACGGCCAGGACCUGAAGUUCAGCAAAAGGAGAUUAUGAAUUCAUUCUGGACGUUCUUUUCUGAAGCUGUGUCUAAUUUGAGUGUGGCUGGAGUAACUGAAUGGUCGAUAUCUCGAGACCAAUAUCGAUUCUAUGCUCGAUCCGAAGGUAUUCACAAGCUCUAUGUGCUGUUCACGGCUGAAUCCAUGUCUGCACCAUCAGCCAAUGUAGCGAGCGAAAUACUUCAAUCUAUAUUGCAGCAUCGACAACUUCACUAG